AUGGAUUCAUUGGCAAACGAAGCUGCACCUGAAAGCACGACAUCUCCGGAAAUCAUCAUUGCUCCUACCGCAGUUGCUCCAAAACUGAAAAAAGUGACCAUCAAGCUAAAAAACAUCGGAGACGCGCCUGUGCUGAAAAACAAAAAACUAAUUGUGAAAUCAACAGACACAUUAGCAUCACUCUCAAAGGUCUUGCGAAAACUGUUGAAUUUGCCACUUAACGAUUCUCUGUUCCUCUACAUUGAUAACGCAUUUGCACCUUCUCUUGAUUGUACUUUUGAGUCGUUAUCUCGAUGCUAUUCUGUAAGAAGUACUGGAGACGAAGUUUUGGAGAUUCAAUACAGCAUUACACCUGCAUACGGAUAA